AUGCCUAAACCAUCUAGAGCAGACAUUGCAAAGCUCUUCCAGAAUCCCUCACCAUCAUCUUCCCAGUCGUCUUUUUACACAUCCUCUCCUUCCACUCUGCCAUCUAAUUUACCUCCACAUCACCAGCCAUUGUCAUCUUUGUCGCAACAGCCACAGCAACCCUUGCAACCUGGCACACAUUCAUAUUCACAGUUCGUGCCAAAUAGCAUGUGCCCAUCGCAGCAGCCUUCUGGCACCCCACAUUCCCCUGCAUUCUCUCGUGCUAUGCCAAACAUACAAGGCCAGGGUGUUGGCCCAGGGGGUCCUGGUGGCCCAACUAUCCCUGCCAGUCCCCAAAUGGCUCUGCACCCACAUCAUGCACCUCCUGGAGGUAUAGCACUACAGGUGCCCAUGCAGCCCAUGUUUAUAUGGGUCCAUAUCAACUGCAACCUUGUUUGGGGUAUUAUACUAUGCCCUCCCAACAUAUGCACCAACAGCCUCACCUGCAACAUGUCCCUCCUCCCCAUUAACCUGGACCUCUUCCCAUAUCACCUUGUCCCACAGCCCUCCAAUUACCUGGCACAUCCACCAUGGCACAUGCUAUCCCACACCCCCCUCAUACACCUCAACCACCUCCCUUCCCUACUGCCAACACCUUCCACCGCCAACACACCUCGCCUUAACAUGAACACUUGUGACUUUGUUCAUGGCAGAUGCUCUACAUCCAAGGUUACCAUCAAGAGCCAGGAUGGCACAGAGGUGACCCUCAAUACUCUCAGGAAGCAUGGCCCCCAACCACCGACCGUUCCUAUCCCACCCACAUUGCCUAUUGUCACCAACCAACUGCAAUGUGGAAGAAAAAGGGCAGAUACGACAAGCAGAGGAAGACGAGAAGGAGCACCUAUGCCAGGAGGAGGAAGACUAUUGCAGGAGGUAGGGCAGGUAUGCAUCACACUGGAAGAGGAGGAACAGAAAUGGCAAGAUGUUCUUGAAGCUGAUGAAGCUUAUGACAUCAUUCAGACUCCAUCACCCAUCAGUGAGUUUCAAGAGCCAGAGGAUGGCAAAGUCUCAUUUAUGAGACUGUCGAGAGUUGGUUGA